UUCACUUUGUAAAUCCAUUUAUGAUAUAUUGUAAAAUAACAACGAUUCUAUAAAAUAAAUAAUGUCGAACUGCUUGGGUUUCAAUAAAGAAAGCGGUUAUUUGGAAGGCUUAGUGCGUGGCUUUAAAAACAGUUUAUUAAAGCAGUCCGACUAUCUAAAUCUAACAGAAUGCGAAACCCUGGAGGAUCUAGUGCUGAAUAUACAAAACACAGACUAUGGCCAACUACAAGGCCACGAGGAUGAGACAUUGGACGUGGAAGUGAUUGAGAAGUGCUUGCGUGACCGUAUUGUGGUCGAAUACAAUUAUAUUCGGGAACACUCGAUGGAACCUUUGACCUCAUUCCUCGAAUACAUCCGAUAUGAGCACAUGAUUGAUAAUGUUGCACUGCUGAUGACCGGUAUGAGCAAUCAUCACAAUAUGAGUCAACUGCUGCCCAUGUGCCAUCCCCUGGGACUCUUCGACCAACUGGAGGCCAUCGAGGUGGCGAGCAACAUAGACGAGCUGUACAGCGCGGUACUGAUCGAUACUCCGUUGAUCAACUUCAUCGCCAAGGACUUCGAUAGAUCAGCAAUGCAUCACACAGAUAUGGAGAUCCAGCGUGGUCACAUGUUCAAAGCCUAUCUGGAGGACUUUUACAGGUUCUGCAAGAAAGUUGGCGGCACCACGGCCGAUGUCAUGGGCAAUCUCUUAAACUUCCAAGCAGAUCGCCGCAUCAUUUCAGUUACUGUGAACUCGCUGGAAAUGCAUAUGGAGUCGCUCAUGCGUCUUAGCUUAUACCCGAACUGUAGCUCCAUGUGCGAUCUAACUAAAAGCGCAUUAGCCAUCAGCAUGGACGAGGAGGCAGUGCAUUCAAUUCUCCACCGAAACUUGCAGUAUACCAACGUCCUGGUGAACAUUGAGAGGGAUAUGGAAAAUCUGAUCACCCUCGAGGAUCGCCUCCUCGCGAUGGAGGCCAAGCUGCAUGUAGACUCAUUUUUGCACCAGUUUCACUACGGCAUCUUCUACUCCUAUCUCAAACUGAAGGAGCUCGAGUGCCGCAACAUCGUCUGGAUAGCCGAAUGCAUUUCCCAGCAGCAGAACGAUAAGGUCAAUGCCUAUAUCCCUAUACCGAUUCACUGAUUUAACAACUUUUACAUUAAUUAUAUAUAUAUUGUCAAUCUGCAUUAUUGCUAAUAUAUAUUAUUAACU